GGGGAAGUUGUUAGUGGAGUCGGGCCUCUAGCCAAAAGGGGAUAGUGAUGAUGGUCGUGGAGCACAGGCGAUGGGUCUGGCCAUGACGAGAAAACGACAUUGCAUGGAAAAGCAAGCCAGAAUCCAAGCCAGAAUCAAAGCCCCAAGGGAUCCCGGGUCAGCACUGGACUGGAUUGGACCGGGAGUGGCAGGGGAUGGGCAACACGCGUGGAAGUGGGCGUGGAAGUGGAUUACUGUACGGAGGAAACAUUCACGCUACCUACCUAGGUAGAUACCUAGGUACCUGGUUUACGAAGUAUACGUACGGAUAUGAGGAGCGACUGUUCCAUCGUCAUUUCCCUCCCGUCCCAUCCACUAAUGCCUAACAUGAAGAGGCAGGUAGGUACGUGUAGGUACGGAGUAUUGUACUACCAAUAGUCAGUCUGAAGAGUGAAGACCUCGAGAGGACAGGGCCCGACGUAAUUCCGUUUGCCGCGUUGGACCGGGUGCUGCCGAGAUGAUUCUUGAUCAUAGGGUAGGUAGGUAGGGGUAGGUGGGCAACCAACCUCUCUUACAUAAUACCAGGUACGUAUAGCUACUUCGUACUUGGUCUGGAAUCUGGCAUCGCUCAGUACCGGCCAUCGUGCACUCGAGGUACUCGGCGAGCAUUGCCCGUCAUGGACGUUGCGAGCAUUGAUUGAUUGCCUCUUUGCUGCUGCCCCUACUGUCCGCAAGCUGUCUGUCACUUGUCAGUUCGAGUUGUAGCUCCCGGUCCCGAGGCUGUGGUACAGCCAGAUCGAAGCAAUCGUUUCAACUCCUGCACCCCCGUCUCGCUCGUGCAAUCGGUUCACAACGCAACGGGCAGGCAAGUCAGGCAAGGUAGCUCAGUUCGUCGGGCUAUAUGACAUAAGC